CAGCAAUAAAAUCAUUGUUGUUGUCCCUAUUGCAAAGCUAGGGAGCAGAAACCUUGUCUCUUCCACGGAGAGGAGAGAAUUUCAGAGAGACAGAGAGAGUUAAAGUUGAGCACUUCUGGUGACAUCCAAGGAGCUAAAAAAUGGCCAAGCGUGAGAUUUCCAGCACUCUGAGGAACUUGAAGUUCAUGCAAAGGGCAGCUCAGAGAGAAGAAAAUACCAAGAAAGAAGAAGAGGUCAAACUUGUUGGGAAUUUCAGUUCCCCUAGUAUCGUGAAUAGAAAGUGUUUGGUGAUAAUGGAAGGUGAUCCCCAUCCUGGAGCAAUUAAUGGCCGCAUGUCAUUUCAAAGCUUUAAUCCUUCUAUUGAUAAACUGAAUGAAGCAGCAUCUAACCCUGUGUCUGCCACUUCUUCUGGAAGUCAAAGUGGAGGAAUAUCUUUGAGAGAAAAUGGAUCAUCAACGGAUAGAGCAGGGAGCUCAGACACUGAUAAAUUAAGUUCCGAGGCCGAGGACCUUAAAAGAAAACAGUCUGAAGUAGUAUCUGAAACACAGUACCCAAAAAAAACACCAAAAAAUGUUCAAGGUAGUGAACAAUCAUCACCAAGUAGUAGUAGUAAAGGCUCCUUCAAGAAACCAAAGGCAAAGGGUGAAAAGCUGGACUGGAGUGUUCUUAGACCAUCAAAGUCUCAUAAAAAAUGAGGGUGAGCAUAUUUAACAUUCACAUUUACAAUGGUGUGAACUUCUUUCUGACUUGCUUCGAUGUCGCAAAAUUUGAAUCUAUAGUCUCUUCUCUUGUUAAUGAUAUUUUUCCUAGCCAGUCAUUAAUUUUAGAAAGCUUUUUAGGCUCCUUUCAAGCCUUUUGGAAUCUGGUGUGUAAUUUUUUAGGGCGUUAUAGAAUAUUUCCACCAAUGGCUACUGUCAACUUUUCAAAUCUAGAUGAACUGUACUAUUUUGUUCCAUUACAUCUCUAGUGCUGAACACCAACGUAUUUUUUCACUUGAACAACAUAUUUGAUGGUCAACUUAAUCCAUCUGGUUUUGCAUUA